AUGGCCUCCAAACCCGUCGCCCUCAUCCUCGGCGCAGGACCCAACCUAGGCGCCUCAAUAGCAACCUCCCUCACCACCCUAGGCUACCGCAUCGCCACCGCCUCCCGCAGUGGCACCGGCACUCUCGACCCCUCAACCAACAUCCUGCGCCUCGGCGCAGAUUUCACAACCCCCUCGUCCAUCCCCCCUCUCUUCACAAAAGUAAAAGACACCUUCUCCGCCUUCCCCAGCGUCGUCAUCUACAAUGCAGCCACCCUGACACCCCCACCCGACACCGCAAACCCACUAUCCAUACCCACGGAGAACUUUGUACAAGAUCUCAAUGUCAACACCGUGAGUGCGUAUGUGGCGGCGCAGGAGGCGGUAAAAGGAUGGCAAGCGAUGGGCAGCGAGGGCGGCAAGAAGACGUUUGUGUUUACGGGGAAUAUGCUGAAUCAGAAGGUUAUUCCCAUGCUGAAUGUUUUGACGCUGGGUGUGGGGAAGAGUGCGAGUGCGCAUUGGAUUGGGUUGGCGGAUCAGGUUUUUAAAGAGGAUGGGGCGGAGGAGUGGCGGUAUGUGUGGUUUUUCUUUUCUCUUGUGUCUUGUCUUGUUUCGUAG